AUGGCGGGUCCCCAGGGGGGCCCCCCGGCGCCCCCCGCGGCGGCGAGGUGUACAGACAGCUCGGACCCCGUGCGCGCCGUUGCUGCUGCUGUUGCUGCUGUUGCUUCCGGUAGCUUUCCAGAAGGUGCUGCUGCUUCUCAGUUGGAAGCUUUGAACUUGAUGCUGCCGCGGGCAGUUUCUGCUGCAGUCAGCAGCAGCAGCAGCGGGGGCAGCGGCAGCAGCAGCGGCAGCAGCUUGAACGCCUUCCUCAGGCCCGACAGCAGCAGCAGCAGCAGCAGCAGCAAACACGAACUUGUGAGGGGGGCCCCCCCCCUCCACGGCUACGAGGCCCUCAGGGCCAUGCGGGCGAGGGCCCACGAGUUUAGAACUGGUAAAAAGAAAUAA